GGGGAAGGAAUAACAGAUGUUUUUAAAUCGUUUGGUAAAGCAAUAUUUGGAAAGACAAUGAAAAAAGCCGCUAAAAAGGGCAUUGAAAAAGCUGUGACAACAGCCGCGACAAAAACCGGUGAACAUGCUGGUAAAAAGGCCGGUGAUAAAAUAGUGCAAAUGUUAUCAAAAGGGAAAGUUGAUUCCUCCAGUAAACCCACAACCCAAAAAGUUACUUUUAAUAAAAAUGUUGAAAUAUUUCCUAGUAAAAAAACAACUCAACAAGAAAUAAAUCAAAGAGUAAAUUCUAUUCUGAGAGGUGGAAAAUUAUAUAAUUAUUAAAAUAAAAUGAAGUCCUUUAGAAAUCCAGAAUAUUUAGAUAGAUAUGAGGAUGUUGUUUUUGACCUUGAACAGGCUUUAGCAACACCUGGAAAUGGUGCUCACCAAACUAAAGUAGGACAUAGAUUUGUCGCUGAUAAUACAGGUGAGGCCACUCCAUUUGAUUGGUAUAACGCGCGAUUUUCAGUGGAUUUAAAAGUUAAUCAGCUUGCUGCUGGAGCUAAUAUAGAUGCAGAUGGAGACCAAAUGGGAAUAGUAAAUGGUAGUUCCAGUCUCAUAGAAAAGUUAACAAUCCUAGCAAAUGGAAGAGAUGUUUAUAGUUGCAACUAUGCUAAUCACGUAGUAAAUAUAAAAAAUUUGCUUGAGUAUAAUCCUUCCUAUGUUGAGAGUGUCGCCACAAAUGAAUUUUACUAUCUCGAUACAUCAAGACAUGCUGAAAGACAAAAGUUUACCAGUGGGAAUGUAAGAAAUGCUGCAGGUGAUGGACAAACAGCAGCACUUUUAGCCUCUGUAGCUAAUUAUAACAAAGGUUUUGCUGUGAGAAAAGCAUUACUAGGUGACUCAGCAACAGUGCGAUGUGAAAUUCCCCUCAAUAGAUAUUCUUUCUUUGAGUCAUUAGAAAACAAACUUCUUCCAAAUACAAAAAUCGAACUAAAUAUUCAACUAGAAUCAGAUGGUAAUCUUAUCUGGCGAGCUGGUGGGAAUGAUUGUAGAGUUAUACUAACAAGAUUUCAACUAUUUGUUCCAAGAAUAACAUUUAACUCAAAAGGACAAAAGUUGUACAUGGAAAAUUAUCUCAAACCAUACAAUUGGAAGUAUCUUAAUGAAAUAGUAGAGAGAUCAAAUAACUCUCAACAGCAAACAGGUCAUUUCAGAAUUACAAAUGCUAUAUCAAAACCACGUCAUGUCUUUGUUUUUGCGAUUAACACAGCUAAUAUUGGUUCUCAAACAGCAAAUCCAUUCCUUUACAACACUUUUAAUUUACCAAACAAUGCUAAUAUAUCAAGAUGUUAUCUUGAGGUUGGAAAUGGAAAUGAAUACCCUGAUAUUCACUUUAAACCAGCUACAGAUCCAGCGAGAGUGUUUCGAGAAGUAAUGUCUUACGUAUAUGCAAAUAAUGACUUUCAAGGUGGAACACUUCUCAAUAGAAGUAAUUUUGAGUCUUUGUUUCCUUUUGUUUAUUUCGAUCUUACAAAACAAAAAGAGGAUUUAAAAGAUGGAGUUACAAAACUUGCAUUUCAUUACGAAUUAACUGCUAAUCCAAACGAUGAUUAUAAUAUUUACGCUCUGGUGCUUCAUGAGCGAGAGGCAGAAAUAGAACAGCAAGGAGGAAAACUAUUGCUUCGUGCUUAAAUCUAAAUUAUAUAUCCACCAGUAACAUUAAAAAUUUCAACUACAUAAGUGAAUUAAUAAAAAAGUUAAAAAUCUAAGACUUAUUAUAUUGUUAGUGGUAAAACAACAAAUAGUUCAACAGUUAAAUUGUUUAAACCAUUUCUUGUGAUGAAAUAAAAAAUUAACAAAACUGGUGGCCACCAGACCUUCUCAGGAGGACUCCCCCCAUUUUCCCAUCACCCUUUCCCCAUUCCCCUCAGUCCCUCCUGAGAAGGUUUUUUAUUAUUACCCAUAGGCCGGCCAUUUACAGGGACCCAUAGGCCAACCAUUUACAGGGCUUUUUUCAUUUAUUUAUUUAUUUAUGUUUCUCUUGGCUUGAGGCUAGACAAGCACUCCUAUGCACCUCGCUCUGCCUAUUAGGCAUCCUCUUUCGAGUGGUCCUCAGUGCAAUUACCGCUCUACUUAAUAGCCCAACACCAUCUUUGAGAUUUUUACCCUCAUUUUCCCUUCCAAUGUUAAUGAUAAAGCCGCGGGGUUUUGACCUCAUCAUUAACAUGGGUAUCUGGUUACUAGCAUUAGCCGAAAGGCCCCGCGUUUUUCCAAUCAGGUAAUACUUUCACCAAGAUACACUCUAGUACUAUUUCAAACUAGCCUUAUAUAUGUGUCCAAUUCAAUAUUCUCAAAAAUGUGGGAUGUAAUUUGUGUCCUCCUCCAAUGGGUUUUUCUCUCUAGUAAUACGCAGUCUCAGUGGGGGGCAAAUUUUGUCUAAAAAUAAAAAAAUCUAAAGAUAGUAAAUAGAAAUGUGUAAUGAAGAAGUUCUCGAGUUAUUGAUCCAGGAAAGUCAUAAUAUUUACGAGAUUGAAUUUAAUAUAAACAUCAAAUAAAAAAUGACUACUUAUAUUGAAUACGGAGUAACAGUUACAGAUGGACAAAAGUCAAAACUGGCUUCUGCGAUAAUAAAUCAAUCACCACUAACUCUUCGGUUAAAACAUUCUCAUCUUCAAGGUUCUGAUGAGUUAAUGUUAACAAAAAGACAAAUUGAUAAAAUAAAAAAAUCUGUUGCAAAUGGUACCGGAUCGGAUAUAAAAAUAAGUAAAACUCAAAUUAGAAAAUCUGUGAAACAUGGAGGAAACUUAUUUUCAUCACUUGCUUCUAUUGGAGCAAAAGUUCUUCCUUACGCAAUAAAAGGAAUUUCAAAAGCUGUUCCCGCAUUAGCAACCGGUGCUGCUACUGCACUUGGAGAACUUGGAAUAAAUAAAAUAUUUGGAAAAGGAAUCACAAUCCCCCCAGAGUUUUUCCCAAUACUAACACCUAUUUUAAGAGAAUUUACCAAAUCACAAAUAAAUCAAAUUAACAAAGCUUAUCAAACAGGAGGUCGACUGGUUAUUAAACCAACUCGUAAACAAAUAGAAGGAGGAUUUUUGGGAACACUUGCUUCUACUGGAAUUCCAAUGGCAAUUAGUCUGGUAUCUAAGAUGUUUGGUGGGGGACUUCAGGUUGAUAGACGAGGGUCAUCUAAUACAGCAAAUGUUUACGUUCCACCCACACAUGGAGAGGGUUAUCCUUAUCGCUCACCACCUUUUAUUGGUACAUGGGAAAACCCUAUAGGAAUGGGAGUUAAAAAAAAAGUCCAAAGGCAAGGGUCUACUAUUAGGAAAAAACAGCCCAUUCAACUCAAUCCCCAUUCUCGGCUCCAUUUUGUAAUCAAACCUCUAUCCAACUUUGACCUCAUGAAAUGGGUAAAAAGACUUGGUAUUAAAAAUUUCAGAGGAAUAUAUAGUCGAGAUGGUCUACCUAAUAAGAUAAGAAAAGAAUGUGGAAUAAUUAAUCUCGAUGACAUGGUUGGUCCUGGAACACACUGGGUUUGUUAUAGAAAUAUAAACAAUGUAGUUGAGUACUUUGAUCCGUUUGGACUGAUAAUGCCAAAUGAAGCAUUAGAUUAUUUUAAUACUUCUGGAAAACGUAUUGUUUACUCGAUAGAUGAAAUACAAAAUCGCAGUACUGUUCUCUGUGGAUAUUGGUGUUUAUAUUAUCUGUUUGAGAGACAACGG